AUGUUCCUCUAUUUAUUCAUAAUUUUUCAAGUUUUUCAUUCCGUUUUCUGUCUAAUAUCUUGUUUUAAUAGUCCAUGGAAUAAGAAUAGUUUUGAUUAUCUUAUUACAGCAGACAACAUUCCUUCAGAAUUGAAAAACUGUUCAUUGGAAAAAAAUGUGGCCAAAUGUGCUAUCGAAAUAUUUUGGCAACGAGAUCCAGAUAAAUCGACAAUAGAAUUAGUCGCUGAAGACACUAAAAAGUCAGCAUCAACAGAUCACUCACUUUUUGUCAAUGUCGGCUUCGAAAAUUCAGGAGCAAGACCAAUGUGGGAAAAAGUAGUUUUAUAUGAAUGUACUACUGAUCAAUGCAACAGUUUAAAUCAAUUAAAACGUUUAUUAAAUUCAUUAAAAAUGAACGAUAGUCUUUAUCAACUUACGUAUCUUCUUAAUCCCGUUAAGCCAUUUCAAGGUCAAUGGUGUUAUCGUGGUUCAAAUGCGACUUUUGAUGAAUGUAAUAUUACAAUACCAAUUAGUUCUUGUACACAAUGUACAUUAUCUGGAAUGAUUAAUCAAACAAGAACAGAAUUAUGUGCAACAUGUUCGACUGAUGAUCCUGAUAAAGCUGGAUUAUCACAUGGAAUGAUCUUUAAUAUGACUGAACGAACAUAUUCUACCACAUGGUUGCUCAAUUGUGGACGUGAAAAUUGUAAUAUACCGGCUGUUGGUGAAAAUAUACGUGAAAAAAGUUAUAUCUAUUUUGAUUUUGACGAUUUUUUUAAUAUUGAUAACAAAUCAAUAUCACUAUUAUCAUUGAACAAAAUGACUUUGUUUUUCAUUAUUUUUUUUAUAAAAAUUUUUCAUUGAAUGAUUGUAAACACAAAAUUGAUUUUAUUUUCUCUAUGCUAUUAAAAAUUGCUUAUUUGUUAAUUAAAAUAUGAGAUUAUUAUGGAUUUACAAGAACAAAAUAGAGUGAAAAGAAAAAAAAACAUUCUAAGAGAAAUUAUUUUAGAGCGAUAAGGAAAACGAAAAAAAAAUGACUCAAACAUUUGCAUUCAAGAGUUGAUUAUCUUAUCAUACUUAUCUAAUGUAAAAUAAGCAUCUGUAUACAAUCAUCACUCUUAUAGGAAAAUAUGUUAUUCUAUUUAUUCGUAACUUUUCAAGUUUCAUAUUCAGUUUCAGGUAAUGUAACUUGUUAUGAUUGUCCAUAUGAUGUAAAUAGUUUUGAUUAUUUUAUCACAACUGAUCCUAUGCCUGAUAAACUCAACAAUUCUAUAUUGAACACACUUGGGAAUAAUUGUGUUACUGAUGUUACAUGGAGUAGAAAUCCGGAUGAGACUCAAUUAGCAUUGACUGCUAGACAUAAUGAAAGAUCGAUACAGACUGAUCACACUCUUCAGAAAGGGUUCGCCAGAAAACCAGCCAAAUGUAUAUAGGGGUGUCCGCCGCUGAAUUUGUUUUUUGGACUUUUUGUAGCGCAAACGAAAGAUCAUAUUAAGAAACCUAUAAAUUCAAAAUAUAAAGAUUUUCUGACGUACCUGUGAAAAAUUACGAAUGUCACAAUCUUUAUUUUUUAUGGCUAGACCAUAAAAAUUAAAAAAAAAAUUAACUUUUUCACAUUUUGAUGAUAUUUUGAGAUUUUCUCUGUAGUUGUUCAUCGUAUUUAAAUGUGGGAUGUUUCAAAAGAUGCAGAAAAGAGUUUUCUACAAAAUGAUUCCUUUCAGUAAUCGCUUCCAUAAACUUUAGAAAUCGAUCUUGAUUCUGCAAGAGAUGAGGGGUCCAAGUUUAUGAUCGUCCUUUAACUAAUAAUUGGUCUCUA